AAUAUUCGAGGCUGCGAAGCCAAGCUUGAAACACAGGCGAUAUGGCAUUAUGUCGACGCAUCUUCUUUCACUCUCCCUUACAUAAAACAUCUUCUUCCCAUUUUCUUCCCUCCAAUCUAAUUACUUUCUUCCCCAACUAUCCUCCUAGGUUUCCUAAUUUCUCUAAGCUGCCACUCCUGCGAGAAGGUUCUCCACCUCUUAUCUCCUGUGUUCACGCCUCAUCGUUACCGUCGCCUUCCAUGGACUCUCCUCCUCAAGGUUACAGAAGAAAUGUUGGUAUUUGUCUUAUCAAUUCUUCCAAAAAGAUUUUUGCUGCUUCAAGGCUUGAUAUACCUGAUGCUUGGCAAAUGCCGCAGGGUGGAAUUGAUGAGGGUGAAGAUCCAAAAGUUGCAGCCAUAAGAGAAUUAAAAGAAGAGACAGGUGUCAACUCAGUAGAAGUUCUGCAGAGCGUUGGUGAUGGAGGACUAUCCCAUAUGCAAACUUUAGACUCGCUUGUUUCAGUACCUUAUUGGUUGACAUAUGACUUCCCACCGGAAGUCCGAGAAAAGCUUAAACAUCAAUGGGGAUCAGACUGGAAAGGUCAAGCACAGAAGUGGUUUCUUCUUAAAUUCAUUGGGAAUGAAGAUGAAAUCAAUCUUUUGGGUGACGGAACUGAAAAACCAGAGUUUGGCGAGUGGUUGUGGAUGUCACCUGAAGAAAUAAUUGUGCAUGCGGUAGAUUUCAAGAAGUCUGUUUACAAAGAGGUUUUGGCAGUUUUCGCUCCCCAUCUUCAGUAACAACUUUGUUUAGAUGUUGAUUGUUUGCACUGCUAUCAAAUGAAUUCAUAUUGAUUCUGGUUUGGCCGAGGAAAAGUGGUACUUUUUGCCAUCUGCCUCCCUUUCACUCAGAUAAAAAUUCUACUCCUAUAUCACUGACAUAUUUAUAAUCUCCCGUUGUGUUAACUAAGGAACAGAGAAUUGUACAUUUUUCUUAAUUAUCACAGUUAAAUCCGAUAUACCCGUGUCAACAUUUUUCGUACAACUAAACUGCCAACAACUACGAAGUUGUGUUAUUAUGGCUUGAGGAAGAAUGUCAAGUAUGUGAUAUUGUCUCUUCAAUUCAGAGUUCUUGAAUUUAUUA